AUGGGCUUUGAUCUUGAACGUUUUGAGAGUCCCGUGGAUCCUGAUUUCAUCUGUAAACUGUGUGGGAAAGUUUUAGAGGAUCCUCUUGCCACUCCUUGUGGACAUGUCUUCUGCGCUGCUUGCGUGCUGCAGUGGCUCACCAAAGCCAACAACUGCCCUGUCCGGUGUCAGACGAUCUCCACCAAAGAGCUGAACCACGUCCUGCCCCUAAAAAACCUAAUUCUCAAACUGGAUAUCAAAUGCGAUCACCGCGAACGAGGCUGCAACAGAGUGAUGAAGCUCCAGCAUCUGCCGGUGCACGCAGAAACGUGCGACUACUCUCCGGUUAGAUGCAGGAAUAAAGGAUGCGACGCGGUGCUCAGUCUGAAGGAUGUGGCGGAACACAUGCGGGAUAAAUGCGAGCACAGACCGGUGGAGGUCUGUCAGGAUGGAUGCGGGCUGAUGCUCACCCUCAAAGAGAAGUCGGGGGACCACUGUUGUCUCCCAGCGCUUAAGACGCGCAACGAGGUUCUCCAAGCCAAAGUGCUGAGUUUGGAGAAGCAGCUGAAGCGCCAGUCCUUGAUGUUCAGUAACAGGGAAAGAUCUCUCCUCUCCAAACUCUCUGCGCUUCACAGCGAGCUGCACAUGACAGCGCUGAGAUUUCAGAAGAAAAUCACCGAGUACAAGAGCAGGAUUGAAGCGCUGUCAAACAGCCGGAGCCCUGUGAAUCAGGAAGAAGAAACAAGGAGCUUUAAAGUCACCCUCAACAGAGCAUCAGGAUCUCUUGGAUUAAGUAUUAUUGGAGGAACAUUGUGUGAGGAACUGAAGCAUCUCAGUGAUGGGAUCUAUAUAUCCAAGAUUGUGGAAAAUGGAGCAGCAGAUAAAGGAGGACUACUGGUUCAUGACAGGAUCCUAGAGGUAAAUGGAAGGAACCUUUCCCUUGCCACCCAUGAUCAAGCAGUAGAGGCCUUACAAACAGCCAAAGACCCCAUUGAGGUUCAGGUACUGCGCAGGACGGCCCAUAACAAGACUUUCAAGACUCUUACACCAGCCCAAGUAGUGGACAACAGUACUCAGACUAACAUUACUCUGAAAUAUUUGACACAUUUAGAGGCUAUUGGCAAGUUGCCCUCGCCUCCAACGCAACUAGGUUUGGCCAUGCUGGACAAUAUUAUUUUACCCACAGUGUCUCAAAUUGUAAGUGAUUAUCCUUACCCCCCAGAUUUCUACGAGGGCAUACAGAAAGACAUUGAGAGCAGAGGACUAGAAUAUGAGGAGGUAGAUCUUCAGAGGAUAACAACAGAGAAGCUCAGCCUGGCGUUAUGUUGCAAGACAGACAACGAGAAGACUCCGAAUUAUGUUAGCAAGAUUGAUCCAAAAGGUAUUGCAGCAAAGGAUGGCAGAAACCAGGAAGGAGACAAGAUUAUUCAGAUCAAUGGAGAGGACAUCCAGAGGCAUGAGGCGGCAGUGACACUUAUGACCAGGAUGAAGAGUAAGAAUGUGAACCUCGCAGUGGCUCGACCAGAAACUCAGGAUAAUGGCUGGUUGGAGGACAGAAACAAAUUUCUGGAUGACUUGAAAAUAGACAUGCUUGAGCAACAGCAUUAUCAGCCCAUGCAUUUCACUGCCAAUAUGCUGCAGCAGAGCAGACAUGAAGAUGAAGGCACUACUGAUACAGCAACCGUACUGUCCAAUCAUCAUGAGAAAGACAGUGGUAUGGGCCACACAGAUGAAAGCACUCGAAAUGACGAAAGCUCAGAGCAGGAAAUCUUGGGGAAUGACCAGACUUCUGCUUGCGACACUCUCCCAGGAAACCACAAGUUCAACUAUAGCCAGGAAACUGUGGGAAGUGGAGACAUGCACCUAAGCAAUGACUCCUUCCUGUCAGUUGACAAUGGAGAAAGUGGAAAUUUCCAUGGUAUAUCUGACAUGGCAUGUGAACACUUCCGGAAACUGCUUGAACUUAAAUGCUUGGUAAAUGGCAACAGUCCUUGUGGAUUUCUGGAGCAUGAUACCAGGUUAUAUGAAGGAGAUAGUCUGGACUGUGAUGAACAGGAGAUUCAGAUGCUCAAUGAGGAAUUACUGAACAUUGAACUGGAAUGCCUGAGUAUCAUACAAGCACACAGGCUUCAAACAGAAGUGGAAGGGAAGCAACCUAUCAAUGAUUCCAAUAAAAUGCACUUCACGGAGCAAACAAGUUCAGACAAAGUCCAUCAAGACCUCAUCAAUAAGCAAAUGGAGAAGGACAGCUCUAGCGCUUACCAUACUGUAGAGAGGUGUUGGAGCAUACCUCCUGCUCUGGAGAUUUCUCCAGACACCCAAAGCACAGCUACUGAAGACAGAGAUGGACACACAUACUCCAAGCAUGCUCUUUCUCCUAUUCAGGAGACCAGCCCCACCAAGAAGCAACCUUCCCUAGAAGAUUCAGAGGUCACGAAUGUGGGAAAAAGAAAGCAAAGCGAGAAGAGGAACCCGAGGAAGAGUCUUUUGACUUCCUCUCAUCAUUCACCAUUUAAGCUUCAAAACAUCCCAGUCCAUGCACAACAUUACCAAAGCUACAUGCAGCUUAUCCAGCAGAAGUCAUCUGUGGAGUAUGCCCAGAGUCAGGUCAGCUUAGCCAGCCUGUACAAGAACCCAGAGACUUGCCCCACUGAUUCCAGGCCCAAAAUGGAGUGGAAGGUAAAGAUCCGUAGUGACGGAACACAGCACAUCGCCAAAAGGCCAUCUAAGGACCAGAUGCUGAAGGAGCGUGCUUUGCGCAUCCGAGAAGAGCGCUGCAGCAUAACAACUGAUGAUGAUGCAGCAAGUGAAAUGAAGGUGGGUCGAUACUGGACCAAGGAGAAGCGUAAGCAGCAUGCAGCGCGAGCCAAGGAACAGCGACAAUGGCGGGAAUUCCUCAAGAAGGGCCGUUCGGAGAGCAAGGAGCAAGCAGGAGCUUUAGAUGACAAGAAGGAGCCUGAUAUUAUACAGCUCAGCCACAAAAAGAUGAUGAAGAAAAGGAACAAGAGGAUUUUUGACAACUGGAUGACCAUUCAAGAGCUGCUGACACAUGGUGCAAAGUCAACAGAUGAGACGAGACUAUGCAAUUCCUUCCUUUCGGUAACUACAGUGUAAGGGAUUU